AAAUAAUGAAGAGGUUAGGGUAUUUUAAAGUCAGAUAUCACUCAUCUCUCACGCUCUCAUUUUCAUGGCAUUCGCCAUGCUCUCAUUCCCAUUCCACUGACCGUCAGCUGAUAAGCCAGUCCCAUGCCAACGAAAGCUAACAACAGAGAGAGCUUUUCGACUCGCGUCGCGGGCACGUGAGUUGCUGCCAACGAGAGCUUUUCUCUUGCUAUCGCUCUCGCGCUCGCUCGCACUCCGUAUUUGUCAGCUUAACGCAACAGCCGCUAACGCUCAGCUGCUUGGUGUUUAUUAAGCAUUUCAUUUUUUGUGACCACAGUCAGGUGACUUGAAAAAUAAGAAAAUUUACAUUUAAAUAAAAUGGGAACCGGCAAGAAGAACUACCAGGCACCCGAGUGGCUGACUGCGGAGUUUCUGCAGGACGUGUUGAAGGAGCACUUUAAAGAGGAAUCGCUAGCUGUAACCGAUUUACUGGUGAAGAGCGCCCAGGUGGGCGAUGUGGUUGCCGGCUUUGCCAGCGAAAUGCAUCGCGCCUGCUUCAAUCUGCAGCGCGGCAACGUGAAGAGCAAAUUCUCCGUCUUCGUCAAGGACCAUCCAAAGGGUCAGACCGGCGCCAUUGCUCUACGCAGCAAACUCUUCAAGCGUGAAAUACUCACCUAUAAGGAAGUACUGCCCCGUGUCCAGGCGCUGCUGGAGUCCAUUGGCGACAAGACGCAAAUAGCUCCCGUCUGCUACUAUACAACGGAAACUCCGGAGCCCUUCCUCAUUUUGGAGGAUAUGCAGCUAAGCGGAUUUGAGAACUUUGAACGAGGGCGACUGCUCAACCUGGACUACGUGCUGCCCAGUGUGGAGAAGCUGGCCAAGUUGCAUGCCUGCAGCGCUGUCAUUGCCAAGCAGAAUCCCGAGGUACUGCAGUUCUUCAACGAGGCGCCCAUUUCCCGCAAUCCGGAUCGUCGUGACUUCCUUAGCUUCUUUCCGGUGAACAUACGCUGCGUGGCUGAGGAAAUUGCCCACUGGAAGGGCUAUGAAGAGAUCACCGAGAAGAUGUUCAAGCUGGCCGAAAACGUGCUCCAGAGCGCCAUCCACAUGUACGAUCAACAAGAGAAGGGCUUCAGAGUGUUCAACAUGGCCGACAUAUGGAUCAACAAUCUAAUGUUUCAUAUCAACAAUGAAACCAAGGAGCCCGAUAAUGUUGUUGCUCUUGAUUUCCAGCUGGCCUAUGUGGGCUCGCCAGCUGUCGAUCUAAACUAUUUUCUAUUUGGCUCCCUCAACGAGAAUGUACGCAAGGUACAUUUCAAGUAUAUAAUACACGAAUAUCAACGCGUACUACGGGAAACAUUGGAAAAGCUCAAGUACGACGGACACAUUCCAACACUCAAAGAUAUACACAUUGAGCUAAUCAAUAAUAGCCUGAUUGGUGUUAUUGCUGCCACUUGUCUUACGCCUCUGAUAUUCAGGGAAGAUGGUGGAUUUGAAAAUCUGGAGGAUUUGAACUCACGCACAGAGAUUGGUGACAAUUUCCGACGCGAGAACGUUGAGAAUCCAAAAUAUCGCGCAUUUUUACAGCGUACAGUCAAGGAGUUCGAAUUAAACGGUUUUUUGGAUACGUAAUUCCCUUCAAUACGUGAACAAAUAGGGCUUCCAGUAGUCUACACUGUAUACACAGUAGUUUUUAAUGACAUCAAAUUGUUUUUACACAUCACACAUAAAAUAUGUUAUAUCAAAAGUACAU